GGUCUUGUUAGUCACACGAAUUUGUACAAAGAUCUUGCGCGUUGACCAGACACUGGGAGUGACUGUUCUUUAAGUAGACUUAGAAAAUUUAAUCAUUCAGUUACGCCAGUUUGUGCCAUUUCACCAUCGACACCUCCCCUUGAACGUACCACCCCCAAGGGCUCUCCUGUUCAAACAUGUCGUCUGUCAAAGUUGCCGUCCGAGUGCGACCUUUCAACAACAGAGAAAUCACGAACGAGAGCAGUAUCAUUAUUUCAAUGGAAGAAACGUCCACUUAUAUUACAAACCCAAAACAAAGUGGGAAAGAUGCGACAAAAUCUUUUAACUUUGACUACUCUUACUGGAGUUUUGAUACCUCUGAUGCACAUUUUGCAACUCAAACACAAGUGUAUGAAGAUAUUGGCGAAGAAAUGCUGCUCCAUGCCUUCGAGGGCUACAAUAUUUGCAUUUUUGCAUAUGGCCAAACAGGGUCUGGCAAGUCUUACACUAUGAUGGGAAAGCAGGAAGAAGGAGAAGAAGGAAUUAUUCCGCAAAUGUGUAAAGAUCUGUUUAAAAAAAUCAACGACGAUGACGAAGGUCUACAGUUUUCCGUAGAGGUCAGCUAUAUGGAAAUUUACUGCGAACGGGUCCGAGACUUGCUAAAUCCACAAAAUAAAGGCAACUUAAGAGUUAGAGAGCAUCCACUUCUAGGGCCUUAUGUUGAAGAUUUGAGUAAAUUGGCAGUAACGUCUUACAGAGAUAUUCAUCAAUUAAUGGACGAAGGAAACAAAGCUCGAACGGUAGCAGCCACAAAUAUGAAUGAAACCAGUUCUCGAUCACAUGCAGUAUUUACAAUAAUUUUAACUCAGAAACGAUUAGACUUGGUUACAAAUUUGACUGCUGAAAAGGUUGCAAAAAUUUCGCUAGUAGACUUGGCUGGAAGUGAGCGUGCAGAUUCCACAGGAGCGAAAGGAACACGCUUGAAAGAAGGGGCAAACAUUAACAAAAGUCUCACAACUUUAGGGAAAGUCAUUUCCGCUUUGGCAGAGAAUUCGUCGGCCAAAAAAAGUACGUCGUCGUCUGGCAAAAAGAAAGCAGAAUUCAUACCAUACCGAGAUUCCGUUUUAACAUGGUUGCUCCGAGAAAGCCUUGGUGGAAACUCAAAGACUGCAAUGAUUGCUGCCAUUAGCCCUGCUGACAUUAACUAUGAAGAGACGCUAAGUACACUAAGGUAUGCGGAUCGUGCGAAGCAAAUUGUUUGCAAGGCUGUGGUGAACGAGGACGCUAAUGCCAAACUGAUCCGAGAACUGAAAGACGAAAUUCGACGUUUGAAGGAGUUGUUGGAAAAGGAAGGAAUUUUUAUGGAGGGUGGAGGAGACAUGAUUCUGGGUGAUGGAGAAAUUGAAGCCUUUCAAGGAACGAGCAGUGAAACCAACUCUAAUUCCACACCGGAAAGAACAAACUCGGUGAAAGCACUUCGAGGACGACGAGGAAUGAAUAGCACGAGCAGUAUUGCAGAAGAGGCAGUUGACCAACUGCAUGCCAAUGAAAAAUUGAUUGCAGAGUUAAACGAAACGUGGGAGGACAAGCUCAAACGAACAGAGCAAAUUCGUAUGCAAAGAGAAGCUGUGUUUGCAGAAAUGGGCGUUGCUGUUAAAGAAGAUGGCGGUACUGUUGGCGUCUUUAGUCCGAAAAAAACUCCUCACUUGGUAAACUUGAAUGAGGACCCGUUCAUGUCGGAAUGCUUGCUGUAUUACAUUAAAGAGGGCAUCACCAAAGUAGGAUCUGCUGGGUCGGACAUUCCUCAAGAUAUUCAGCUUUAUGGGGCACACAUACAAGACGAGCAUUGCAACUUCCAGAAUUUAAAUGACGUCGUCACACUGAUUCCACUUCCCGGAGCCGAGUGUUACGUCAAUGGUCGACAGUUGGACUCCCCAUUAGAACUUACUUCCGGUUCAAGAGUCAUUCUUGGCAAGAAUCACGUUUUCAGAUUUAAUAAUCCCAGUCAAAUUGCAAAGAAAAUGAUGGAAGAUCCUGAAGAAGUUCAUCCAGAUUCGGAAAAUGUUGUCAGUGACUGGAACUUUGCGCAAAUAGAGCUACUUGAGAAACAAGGUAUCGAUUUGAAGUUGGAGAUGGAAAAGCGGUUGGUGGCCUUGGAAGAACAAUUUAGAAAAGAAAAACUGGAGGCUGACACUGCUUUCGAGCAACAAAGAAAAGACUACGAGGCUCGCAUAGAUGCACUACAAAAGCAAGUUGAAGAGCAAUCCAUGACCAUGAGCAUGUACAGCAGCAUGUCGGCUGCCACAAAUAUGGAGGAUUCUCACAUUAUGCUUUCCAGCUCCUAUUUGAGCCACGUUGACGAGGGGGAUGAUGCCAUUGCAGAAAAUGAUUGUGAAGAACUUGUUCAAUGGUCAGAAAAGGAAUACAACAUGGCAAUAAAAGCAUUCCGCAAAUGGCGAUCUCAUAGGUUCACCUCAAUACGCGAUGAUUUGUGGGGAAAUGCUAUUUUCUUAAAGGAAGCCAAUUCAAUAUCUGUUGAGCUAAAGAAAAAGGUUCAAUUCCAGUUUACAUUAUUAACCGAAACUUUGUACUCUCCCCUUCCUCCUGAGCUGACUAUAAUGAACGAGAGCAAGAACAGUUUAUUCGACGAAGAUGAUGAGCAUUUUGAAAAAAAUAACAAGACAACGGUGGCUGUUGAAGUCCAGGAUAUGAAAAACGGAGCAAUGCAUUAUUGGAGUUUGCAAAAAUUAAGACGACGAUUGGAGUUGAUGCGAGAAAUGUAUCAAAACCUAGCUGACGAUAUUUCACCAACCACUCCUGGGCAAACUCUUUCUAUAAAUGGGAAUCAAGCACAGCUUCAAGAUGGACCCAACGACCCAUUUUAUGAUCGUUUUCCAUGGUUCAGACUCAUUGGUCGGACUUAUGUGUACCUUUCUAACCUGCUUUACCCGGUUUCAUUAACUCAUGACCGAGUACCUGUCGUAAACGAACAUGGUGACGUGAAAGGGUUCGUGAAAUUAAUUGUCCAAUCGGCAAAACCUGAAGAGCCCGACAACUCCAUGGUCAGCACAGAAGGAAACUUUGUAGUACGUCAAAGUGCGAGAAUAAAUUUUGACGAUGAGUUCAACGAUGAAGUGCACAGGGAAAAUAUCGGUCCAGAUCAUCUACCACAUUUACAAAUUGGGAAGGAUUUUACGUUCCGUGUCGUGGUUGUUAGCGCUGUUGGCAUUGACCAGAACUUCUCGGAUGUUUUCAUUCAAUUCAAAUUUUUGAACAAGAAUAAUGAGACGUUUUCUACCGAACCUGUAAAAAAUCCAGGAAAAGGAGUUCCAAUUCAAAUAGCAUAUCAUCAAAAUAUUACGGUGGCUGUGACAGAACCUUUCCUCGACUACAUAAAAUCUCACCCUAUUCUUUUUGAAGUUUUUGGUCAUUAUCAGUUGCAUCCCCUGCAUAAAGACUCAAAACAAGAUGGAGUAUUAUCCACACCAUCUCGCCAUCCUCCAAGACGAUUACAACAACUUCCGCCUAUUCCUAUUUCCGCUCCCGUCAGAUCCAGCAAAUACCCAAUGUGUGCAGCCCUCACAAACAUUUCCACUGUGUUAUCUCCAUCAAACUCUAUAUCAUCUUCCCAUGUUGCUAAAAAAUUGGAAUUGCUGGUUUGGUUCGAGAUUUGUGAACUGGCUCCAAGCGGAGAAUAUGUUCCAUGCAUCGUUAAUCAUGGAGACACUAACCCUUGUCGAGGAGAAUUCAUUUUACAUCAAGGAAUUCAGCGUAGAAUUAGAGUAACGAUUGUUCACGAAACUGAUGAAGACGUUAAGUGGAGAGAUGUCCGCGAAGUCUUGGUUGGUCGAAUUCGAACAACUCCGGAAUCCAAUUACGGCGAUGAUGGCUUAGAAGAAGAGACUGACGACCACGUUUUAAGUUUAGGUUUAUUUCCUGGUGAAUAUCUCGAAUGCUUAGGAGAGGAUAGAUCAAUCUUUAGAUUUGAGGGUGCUUGGGACUCCAGUUUGCAUAACUCGCCUUUGCUAAACCGGUCCACAAACUCUGGUGAACAUGUAUUUUUGACAAUUUCUGCAUAUUUAGAGCUGGAGAACUGUGGGCAGCCGGCAAUAGUUACAAAGGAUUUGUGCAUUCAAAUUCAUGGGAGAUCAGGCCCGAGGUCAUUCAAACAAUUCUUCUCCAGUCACACUAGAAAUCCUCCAGAUGCGAAUCGCCUCACAGGACUCUAUGACCUAGUCCUUCGAAGAGCUACGGAUGCCAGUUGUGGGCGAAGCUGUCGUCGCUUUCGUCGCGUAUUGGAUACGAGCACAGCUUAUGUACGUGGAGAAGAGAAUUUGUGUGGUUGGAGACCCAGAGGAGAUUCUUUGAUAUUCGAUCACAAGUGGGAGCUUGAAAAGAUAAGACGGAUUGAAGAGGUGGAGAAAGUUCGCCAUGCACUCCUACUCAAGGACGCCCUCGUUCCUCCCAACAAAGAGGUCAACUCCUUCAGACGCAGCAUUUGUAGCAGCAAAGAAGAAAAGGAGGUUUGCAAUUUAGCAGCGAAAGAAGGGCGAACUCAUGUGGUGACAAUGAAGUCAGCCUCAGUUGAAGAGAAUCUCACUCAGGAUCAAAUCGACUUGCUUCUCAAGUUUGUGAAUCUUAUGCAAGACAAAAUGAUAAAGAAUUUCCAAGAUAGAGAUUUUGAUCGUAAUACAAUCAUGGAUGAAAAUAAUGAGGAUGGGAAUGUGGAAGGAAAAUCUCUUACGCCUUCACCUUCUGCAGAGAAUCUUAUUGCUUCCCACAUGGGUCAACGGGACACGACCCUAGAACGACCUCGCUCACUAAUUCUCACAGGAAACUUUAACAUAAACUCAUUAAUGCCACCUCAAUCCAAAACCACUCCAUCGUCUCCGACCAAAGAGUAUUUUCUCUUUAUUCCUGAGAUUGAAGAAAUAAGAAUCAGCCCCAUCAUUUCUCGCAAAGGUUACCUGCAUUUAUGUGAUGAUAAGCGAGGAGUGUGGAGAAAGCGGUGGAUUACAGUGAGACGACCACACGUAUUCCUGUUCCGUGAUGAAAAAGAUCCCGUUGAACGAAACGUGAUUAAUUUGGCGAAUUCUCAAGUUAUUUAUGACCCAGAUGCUGUAGGACCACAAGCAUCUAUUUUUACAAUCGUAACGAAGGAGAGGACUUAUACCCUUCAACCACCACAGGAUAAGGACGUCCUUGACUGGCUUUAUGCAAUUAGCCCAUUACUCGCUGGACAAAUUCGAUCACGGAUGGCUCUCCAGAAAGCGGCCGAGAAACAGCCUUCGCCUGUGACUGAUUGUAUCAAUUCAAUGUAAGCUACAUGGAACGACAUAACGAGAAAACGAGUUAUUAAUGCGCUACACAUUCCAUAAUAAUAAUAAUUAUUAUAUUUAUUCUCCUCAACUACUCUGGCUUAGCGCUAAUGAAGCUAAUCAUAAUCAGUACUUUUAAGACAGAAUUUACGAGUUGUGAAUUGCAUAUUUUAAUUGAGUUGUGAUGUUGUGAUGUUGACGAUGUUGUUAAAAAUAACUUUAAUUUUGCCACAUGCAAAAUAAAUAUUUACUUAUGCAAACUCCUUAUAAGCGAGCAA